UUGAAGUCCACCCAUCUUCAAGCUUCCAAGGUUGAGAAACACUGGGUUAGGUUAAAAGGCUUUUUUUUGGGGGGGGGGGGGAUUAUUGGUACGUUUGAUGGGCAUGUCUACGGAGAGUUUCAGUCAUCCAGGUCAUGGUUGUGCCAAAGGUGCUUUUUCUUUUAUGUACACUGAGAUCGUAUGCGCCAAGACAAAUUCCCUGUGUGUCCAAUCACGCUUGGCCAAUAAAAAAUUCAAAUUCUAAUUCAAGAGACAACUGGACUUAAAAAGAAGGCAAGUGACCCAACUGUCUGCAAGGAAUAUAAAUCCUUCCAUUUCCCACCACCCAGUCAGAGCUGAAGAAGCUUCUUGGAUAAGAAGCUCCACGUCUUCCAAAAAAAAAAAAAAAAUCCACCAAGAAAGUCCAGUUGCCUCUUGAAAAAGUACCUUUGGUUUUGAUGUGCAUUGACUCUUCAGUGACUGCCAUUGUUAAAGUUCCUUUUGAGCCUUUUGAGCUCAUAUGUUGAGACAAUGUGAACUGUAAUCCCCAAAUGAACAGCAAUGAUUUAAAAAACAAAACUUUUUUUAUAAAAUAAGGGUUUUCUAAAUUUUAAGCACAUUUUCUUUUUGUAAUACAAAAUGCAAGGCAGACGUGCAGCUUCAAAUCUGAUAUAGCACUAAUCAAGAAGACUCCUAAUUUACAUAAAUUAGCUUACUAUAUAGACACAAGGAAGCUGGGUAUUUUCUGUAAAUUAUCAGAUAUGAGUUCUAAUGAAUCAGACUUUUUUGCAUAAUUAUGGAUUUCAGGGUAGAAAGUUUGUAGUAGCGAUGUGAAUAGCCAGAGCAUUCUAUAUAGGCAGAACAAAAAAUAUGACUUGUAAAGAAUCCUCUCUGCUUUGUUUCUCCAUAUGUUUUUGGUUCAAUACUAUCCCAUAAGUAUGGAAAAUUUCAUUUUGUACAUUUUGUAGAAAGUAUAGGUCUAAAAUUGAUGGAAGUCCUUACAUGGCAGGAAGAUUUGAAAAUAAGCAAAAACAUUGGCUCUGAUUUAGUCUGUUUCCAUGCAACCAAAUAAAAGGUAUCCUGAAGCAAGUUAAAGAUUAUAUUAAAGAAUGUAGCAAAUGCCAGGAAAAAUUAGAUCGUUCUAGAUCACUGUCAGACCCUUCUGAAAUGUUGGAAGAGCUAGGAUUGGAUGCAAUUUCUCAUGAAGAUAGUAAUGAAACAGAUGAUGAAAUAAAUAAUUCCACAUCACUGCCAGCAGCAUCACCAAAACCAGUGAAAAAGAAACCAAUAGCCAAGCAUGAACUUGUAUUUGUCGACAGUAAAGGCCUUGUGAAACAAUCUUCUCCAAAACAUUCUCAAUCAGUUUUGAAUCAGUUGAACCAACAGCGACUUUCUAGUCAGUUCUGUGAUGUUACCUUGCUUAUUGAGGGAGAAGUGUACAAAGCACAUAAAUCUAUUUUGGCAGCCAACAGUGAAUACUUCAGAGAACUUUUUAUUGAAAAGGGAGCUGUUUCCAGCCAUGAAGCAGUAGUAGAUCUUUCAGGAUUUCGGAAGGCCAGUUUCCUCCCUUUGCUAGAAUUUGCUUAUACUUCAGAAUUAGUUUUUGAUUUUUGUAACAUGGCAGCUGUAGCUGAGCUAGCUCAGCAUCUUCUCAUGACAGAAGUCUUGGAAAUCUGUGAAAAUGUACACAAACAGAUGGAAGAUAAACAAAUCACCGUAUACCAGAAAGGAGAUGUCCAAGUAGUAGAGGUAGCUCAAACUACUUCAGAGCAGAAUGAAAACGAAGCCACCGAUAAUCCUGUUGCCAGCACUGAGCAAGCAAUAUCUACUGAAGAUCCAGUAGCAACAGUGAAUGGAACAUCUUCAAAUACCGAGGCAGAAGAGAUGACUGUGUCUGAAACUGCAUUGCAAAUUGUUUCAGAGCCUCCUGCGAAGAAUCCUCCUGAGCUCCCGGUGCAUACUCCUGCUUUGGAAACAACAGAAAAUGAAGAGAAAGCCCCAGUAAUGGAAUGUUCCACAAAUCAAACUAUAACACUGGUGCAAACUGAGCCUUCAGUAGCAGAGCAAGUUAUUAUUAGUACUCAGGCUGAAAAUGAGGCUGAUCAAAAUACAAAUGGAGAUCCAAAUGUGAACAGUGAACUUAAUGUGAGCAGUGAAGCAAAUGCAGAAGUUGCUGCUGAGGAUUCCCAGGAAGGGCUUAAGCGAAAACGUGGUCGGCCUUGUAAAAUGCAGGACAGUCCACAAUCACAAUCGGAGGCCACAGCUCUUAGUCAAGAUGAUACUUAUAAAAGCAAGCUUCGCCAGCGAUCUGUUAGUGAGGGUGGCUAUAUUCGACUGCACAAAGGUACUGAGAAAAAACUACAGAACAGAAAGCCAGGCCCCAAAUCAGCUAUCCAGCAGGUUGCUAUGAAGCUAGUGCAAAGAGGCAAGAAGAUGAAGCAACCCAAAAGAGAGAUUAUAGAACACAGUGAGGCAGAAGCUCAACACAAAUGCAGUGAAUGUGGGAUGAUUUUCCAGAGACGUUAUGCUCUUAUAAUGCACACAUUGAAGCAUGAGAGGACGAAAAAUUAUAAAUGCCCACUAUGCAAAAAAGAGUUCCAGUAUGGUGCUUCACUGCGAGCUCACCUUGUUCGUCACACCCAAAAAAAUGAAGUGACUGUUGCAACUGCUAAUAUAGAAGAAAGUGGUGCUGCCACGAAGGGAAGAACUAAGCGAGAAUUUAUCUGUGAUAUAUGUGGAAGAAGUUUGCCUAAACUCUAUUCUUUGCGAAUCCAUAUGUUGAAACAUACAGGUGUAAAGCCACAUGCAUGUAAGAUUUGUGGAAAGUCAUUUACCUACAAACAUGGUUUAAAGAUGCACCUUGUGUUGCAUGAGGCACAAAAGCAGUUUAAGUGUGAAUUGUGUGACAAGUCCUUUGUCACAAAAAGAAGCCUUCAGGAGCAUGUAAGCAUUCACACAGGAGAAUCAAAAUACUUCUGUUCACACUGUGGAAAAUCUUUUCAUAGAGCUUCAGGACUUAGUAAACACUUAAAGAAACAUCAGCCCAAACCUGAAAUCCGUGGCUAUCAGUGUAACCAGUGUGAGAAAAGUUUCUAUGAACCCCGGGAUCUCCGCCAGCAUAUGAACAAACAUCUUGGAGUGAAACCUUUUCAAUGUCAAUUUUGUGGGAAAUGCUAUAGUUGGAAGAAAGAUUGGUAUUCUCAUGUAAAAUCACAUUCUGUUACUGAUCCAUACAGAUGCAAUGUAUGUGGCAAAGAGUUCUAUGAAAAAGCUUUGUACAGGAGGCAUGUUAAAAAAGCCACUCAUGGAAAGAAAGGAAGAGCAAAACAAAAUUUGGAGCGUGUUUGUGAACAUUGUGGGAGAAAAUUCACCCAGCUUCGGGAGUACAGAAGACAUAUGAACAACCAUGAAGGUGUUAAACCUUUUGAGUGUCUAACUUGUGGUGUUGCUUGGGCUGAUGCACGUUCCUUAAAACGUCAUGUAAGGUCACACACUGGAGAAAGACCUUAUGUAUGUCCAGUAUGCAAUGAAGCCUACAUAGAUGCCCGUACCUUAAGAAAGCACAUGACUAAAUUUCACCGGGAUUAUGUACCUUGUAAAAUCAUGCUGGAAAAGGACACUCUUCAGUUUCAUAAUCAGGGGACUCAAGUCGAACAUGCCAUCAGUAUUUUAACAUCGGAUGCGCCAGAACAAGAAACAGAGGUCUGUACUGAAGAGAUCGAGACUGUAGUAAUUACUGAAGAAACACUUGACACUGUUGCAGCUACCGAAGAGUGUUCAACAGUUUCUACCCUUUCUGACCAAAGUAUCAUGCAAGUUGUCAAUUAUGUAUUAGCACAACAACAAGGACAGAAAAUAACAGAGGUUACAGAAGCUAUUCAAACAGUAGAAGUAGAGGUACAGCAUGUUUCUGAUCAAGACUGAAUACAAAUAUUCAUUAACGUAGUACCUUGGCGGAACAGCAUGUAAUUAACAAAAUAUUAACUGUCUGGCUGGACUUUUAUAGUAAUUUCAGGAUCCUCUUCUGAGUUUUGUGAAAAAACAUACAUCUGUAAUUUAAAAAUAAAUUCACCGGAUAAGUAAUGGACUUGCCCUAAGACUACUGCACCAGAUGUAAAUACUUAGUUAAAAAAACCUUUAAAAUAAAAUCAUUUAUGUGA